UUGAAAUUCUCUAAGGAGUGUACACGGAGCGAGCAGUGACCGUGAACAGAUUUCCGCAUAGUGAUCUCGCGAUCGUUCGCAGUGUAAAGCCUGAAGAACUGUAAUAUUAGUUCAAUAUUUUUUUUAAAUCUAAAAACUCGUGCAGUGUUUUGAAAAUGGUUUCCGUGAAGGUACAGUACGUGCUCGCUUUCUGCAUCGUCGCUGUCGUGGGUUCGCCUAGCGAUGAUGGCAAAUGGCAUCCAUACAGAUUCGGAGAUAAUGGCAAGUACAUUCCUACGGACGAGGGCAAAUACAUUCAUAUACCAAACCCUUACAUCCACGUGGAUAACCCUUACGAUGGCGGAUUUGGACCUUACACCCAUGAAGACGAGCCCUACGUUGUUGAAGAGACAGUCCAAGACCAGUAUAGGUUGGUACUAACACCGCCCAAGGACCUGCCCUUCUACAAGGACGGAUACUACAAGAACAAUGGCAUCAAGAUCAUCAGCCAAAAGCACAACUACAUGGAGGACAAAUACGAUUUUGAUUUCGAGACUGAAAACAAAAUUCGUGCCAAGGAGAACGCAGUGCUCAAGAACCCCAACACCAUCGAUGAAGGAAUUGCCUCUCAAGGCUUCUACGAGUAUAUUGGACCCGACGGCUUCAUGUACAGAGUCGAGUACACCGCCGACGAGAAUGGCUUCCGCCCCAAAACUCGCCGAUUGGAAACACCCUAUUCCGGCAAAUGGGUGUUAGAGAAGGUCAACUAACCGUAGAGAAUGAACCAAAAUACCACCAUCAUCCUCGUAAUCAGUAUUUUCGGAAUAGAUGUUUCACCUCAAUUAAUCUCUUGCACUGACUGACUGCAAUAUUUUUAACUUCCUUUUUGUUACCAACAAUAUUAUUCACGAUUAUGACAUUUCAAUUCGGUUUUACCUUACAAAAUGAUAUCGUUUGGUCGACGUUGAUGAAUCUCAAGACAUUAUGUGGAUAUUAAAAUUAGAAUUUUCGUUUCGAAGUACAAAAGUGUGUAAAAUUGAGUCAUGAAUGUGACAUAAAAAGAAUGUCUUGUGUUUGUUUAGGUAAUUGUAAUUUAUACUUUAGAUUUAAGAACUUAGAAUUAUGAAAUUUAGAUACUUAUUUAUGAAAUGUGAUAAUAAAUUUAUAUUUCGAUAUAA